CUGGAUGGCCCUUGUCGGACACGCUGCCGUAGGAGUGGGAGUUUCACUUCCAUCCGUGCCAUCGUGGUGUGAUCGUCUCGUUCGUUUUUCUUUACCAACGGAUUGCCUCGGUCGUAACUAUUUACUUCUAAAAUGGCUACUAAAAUGGUUCACGUCUCUAAGAAGAAAAAGUUUGUAUCGGAUGGAGUAUUCCGUGCGGAACUGAAUGAAUUCCUCACCAGAGAACUGGCUGAGGAGGGCUAUUCAGGAGUCGAAGUGCGGGUAGUUCCUAACAGAACUGAAAUUAUUAUAAUGGCAACAAGAACUCAGUCCGUGUUAGGAGAAAAAGGAAGACGUAUUAGAGAACUCACUUCUGUAGUACAGAAAAGAUUCCAGUUCCAACCCAACACCCUGGAAUUAUAUGCUGAAAAGGUGGCCACAAGAGGUUUAUGUGCAAUUGCGCAAGCUGAGUCAUUAAGAUACAAGCUCAUUGGAGGCCUUGCUGUUAGAAGGGCUUGUUAUGGAGUGUUGCGGUUUAUUAUGGAAAAUGGAGCCAGAGGUUGCGAAGUAGUAGUAUCUGGAAAGCUCAGAGGUCAGAGAGCCAAGUCCAUGAAAUUCGUAGACGGCUUAAUGAUCCACAGUGGUGACCCGUGCAACGAGUAUGUGGAUACAGCUACUCGUCAUGUACUUCUGAGACAAGGUGUGUUGGGUAUAAAGGUAAAGAUUAUGUUACCUUAUGACCCACAGGGCAAGAGUGGGCCUAAGAAACCGUUACCAGACAGCGUUUAUGUCUACGAUCCAAAGGAUGAAGGUCCGGUCCAAACUAACGCUCCCUUACAGUCAUUGAAGAGCUCUGAACUUAUCAUUGCUUCAUAAAAGAUAUUAAAGUUUUUUAUUGAA